GCUGUACCCUCGGCAUGCAAGUGCUCUCAACAACCUGGGGACAUUGACCAAGGACGUGGUGGAGGCAAAGGACUACUACAGACGGGCCCUUCAGUUAAACCCUCAGCACAAUCGAGCUCUCUUCAAUCUUGGCAACCUGCUCAAGUCCGAAGGGAAGAAGGAGGAAGCUGUAAUCUUACUGCAGGACUCCAUAAAGUACGGCCCAGAGUUUGCAGAUGCUUACUCAAGCCUGGCCUCACUGCUAGCCGAACAGGAACGGCUUAAGGAAGCAGAGGAGGUUUAUAAGGCUGGCAUAGAGAAUUGUCCAGAGAGCUCCGAUCUGCAUAACAACUAUGGUGUUUUCUUGGUCGAUACUGGGUCUCCUGAGCAAGCCAUGUCCCACUACAGGCAGGCCAUCCACCUGAGCCCUGCUCACCACGUGGCCAUGGUGAACCUGGGCAGGCUUCACCGCUCCCUGGGGCAGAGCAAAGAGGCAGAAGUGUGGUACAAGCGGGCACUGAAGGUAUCCCAGAAGGCUGAAAUCCUGUCCCCUCUCGGGGCUCUGUAUUACAACACAGGACGCUAUGAGGAAGCAUUGCAGGUUUACAGGGAAGCAGCAUCACUGCAGCCUUCAAACAAAGAGAUCCGACUGGCACUGGCACAGGUUUUAGCAAUGAUGGGGAGGACAAAAGAAGCUGAAAAGAUGACAAACCAUAUACUUAAUGAGGAUGCAGAGUGUCUGGAGUGCUACCGCCUUCUGUCAGCCAUCUACAGCAAGCAGGAGCACUAUGCCAAGGCGCUUGAAGCUAUAGAAAAAGCACUUCAGCUAAAACCAAAGGAUCCAAAAGUCAUAUCAGAGCUCUUUUUCACUAAAGGAAACCAGCUAAGAGAACAGAAUCUCCUUGACCAGGCUUUCGAGAGCUAUAAGCGGGCUGUGGAGCUGAACCCAGACCAAGCACAGGCCUGGAUGAAUAUGGGAGGCAUCGAGCACAUCAAGGGGAGCUACGUCACUGCCCGGGACUACUAUGAGAAAGCCUUACAGCUGGUUCCAAACAGCAAGUUGCUGAAGGAGAAUCUGGCCAAACUGGAUCGCUUGGAGAAACGGUUUCAGGAAGUCCAGGAGAAAGACCAAGCAUAGCAUUCAGUCACCAGUGGAAAGACACUUAUGCCCCUUGGAGAAGAGUGUGAUGGAAGUCUGUUGCUCAAAGUGAUACUGAAGGAACUCUGAUAGGACUCAGAAUUAAAGAAGGCAAAUUUCGAAUGCAUGCUUAUGUUUGACCAAAGUCACAGGAGACAUUCAGCUCCUGUGGGACAUGCUGGAGAAUGAAUGAAAACCUUCCUUUAAUCAAGAUUUAUGUUUAGGCUGAACCCAUUUUAAUCACACCAGGAGUGUGGAUGGGAGAUGUACCUUCAACAUCUUGGUUAUCACUGGGGAAACCAUGGAGAUGCAGCACUCAUCCAUUGCAGCAGGGGUGAAGUAGCACCUCCUGUUACUCAACACGGGCUCACCUCAUCCAUGUAGAGUAUUCCUGAUGGGCUUCAUUGCAAGUGCUGUCCAGGUCUUGCUGCAGACAGGAAAAAUGGUCAUUAUGGUCACAUGAAAAGGUUUCAAGGGGUUAAUGCUGAGGAAAUGGUGGCAACUUUUACAGCUCUAAAUGUGACUUGAAAAUUAUUCUAAAGAAAGGGAAAACUAUCUAAAUAUUGCCCUGGAAGGAUGAUUCUACAAGUAGGACAAAUGAUCCUUUGAGGGAAAACUUAACCUGAAUGUUUUACUCAUUAGAUAGUAAUUUUGUAGUAAGUCAGGUUCAUGAUGUCAGUUUUGUCAAAUAUCAUGUGGCUUUACCCUUUGCCCUCUCCCUCCAGGCCAAAUAAUUAUUACUCUGAAAAAGCCUGAAACAUCCAAAGGCAAUGGGAAGCUCUAGGAUUACUUGUCCUCCUGCUCAGUCCC